UAGUUAUCUGCAAUACUUCCUGUUGCUUUUUUGGGACUGUCACUGUGUCAGUUUCGGGAGUUUGCAUGCAAUGUUAAUUGCCAGUUGUGCAGUAUAAGUGUGUAUAACCCACAGUUGUGCUUAAAGGUUAAAUAACUGUAUCGUAAAAUGUCGUAUGUUUAUAGUGAGUGACUCGGAUUUGUGACUUAAUAAACGGAGUUUGACCCACUUUUGUGAGAUGUGAAUUUAACCAAACUUUCGACAAAGUCUAUAUUUUAAUUUGUACCUUCAGUAUCAUCACUAUGGACGAUAUUUUCUCCCAAGUCCGUGAAGGCAACGCGUUCCAAGUUCGAAUGUGGCUGGAUAACACGGAAAAUGAUCUCAAUCAGGGUGAUGACCACCGUUUUAGCUUACUACAUUGGGCAAGUCGUGAGGGACGCACCAAUAUCGUUGAUAUGCUCAUCCAGAGAGGAGCACGCAUCAAUGCUACUAAUAUGGGAGAUGACACAGCACUGCAUCUUGCAGCUAGUCAUGGACACAGGGAGAUAGUUGUAAUGCUCAUUCAUAAUAAGGCAAAUAUAAAUGCCAUAAAUGAACAUGGAAAUACUCCACUACAUUACGCUUGCUUCUGGGGUCAGGAUUAUGUGGCUGAGGACUUAGUUAACAAUGGUGCCUUAGUUGGAAUGGCUAACAAAUUUGAUGAAACUCCUCUAGACAAAGCCACAAGGAGACUGGCAAAUAUCCUGAAAGAUCGAGCUGUCCAGCUUGGACAAGAUUUGCAGAAAAUUCCUUUUAAAGACAGGAGUUGGCUAGGAUAUAAGACAAGAAGCAGAGAUGCACUUUUGUCCAGACAUACAGGAAUAGAUAUAGAACAACUAAGUCUCACUACGCAUAUGGCUAACACUCAUUCAGGGGAGGUUUGGAGAGGACAGUGGCAGAAGAAUGACAUUGUUGCCAAAAUUUUGUCACUUCGGGAAUGUACUGUAAGAAACUCUAGAGACUUCCAAGAGGAGUUCCCUAGACUAAGAAUUUUUAAUCAUCCAAACAUACUACCGGUCCUGGCUUGUUGUAAUCAACCCCCUAACCUGGUGGUCAUCAGUCAAUUUAUGCCUUAUGGGUCUCUGUUUAAUGUUUUACAUGGAGAAACAGGAAUAGUUGUGGAUCAGAAUCAAGCCCUAAGAUUUGCCAUUGACAUCGCUCGUGGGAUGGAGUUCCUACACACUAUUGAGCCAGCCAUCCCAAACCUAAUACUGACCAGCAAACAUGUCAUGAUUGAUGAGGACUUGGCUAAAAUAAAUAUCGAUGACCCUAAGUAUUACGCUCCAGAUGGCACCAUUAACGGAGGGAUUGAUGAGGAUCUAACAGCCAGGGUCAACAUGGGGGAUCACAAAUUCUCCUUCCAUGAACGUGGGAAACUCUACUCCCCUGCCUGGAUGUCCCCAGAAGCACUACAGAGACGACCAGAGGACAUAAACCAGAAAGCAGCAGACAUGUGGAGCUUUGCUGUACUGCUGUGGGAGAUGGAAACCAGAGAAGUACCUCAUGCAGAGCUGUCACCCAUGGAGACAGGAAUGAAAAUUGCUAUGGAGGGUCUGCGAUUGACACUACCACCUGGAAUCUCCUCACAUAUGGCUCGCCUUGUAAAGAUCUGCAGCAAUGAAGAGCCGGGAAAACGCCCAAAGUUUGACAUGAUUAUCCCAAUUCUAGAGAAAUUGAAGCAGAAAUAGGACAAAAUCUAGUUCAACAAAUGACAUGUGGACAGUUUAGAUCUAUCCAUGAAUUUUAUGCAAAAAGUGCCAAGUGUAAUUCGUAUAUCUAUGUAUUGUUUAGUUUAGUUUUUUUGCAUGCUGUCUAGAUAGAACUGCUGCAGGUAAAGUGUCUCUAGCUUUUCUGUUCCAAUUUAACCAGUACACAUAGCAGUGCAAGUGUAUUUUUAAAAAGUGAGAGCAUUUUCUGAUGUUAUUACAAAGAUUGUAGAUGAUGAAAGGAAACACAAACUUCACCUGUAAAAGAUGUAACAAAACUUAUUGCUCUUUACUGCUUUUCCCAAAGUACCUCAAAGGUACUGCGAUGCAUUUUUAAAAAUUAGGGAAAUGUGAUUACUUUGAAAUACAAAAUUGCUUGUAGCAAUGAAUUCAACUGCUACAGAAUUAUGUCAAUUAAAACAGGUGGUUGAAAUUUGAUAAAGAGUGUCUCAGGAAAUUUUAUUUAUGUAUAAAUCUCAGAGAUGAAUGAUGAGAUGAGCAUUUACACAAUAUCUUAUGUUGGUCUAGAACCUGUAGCUGGUGCUAAAUGUCUUCCCGUGUAUAUUGUAUGUCUACAUGCAAUAAAGGUACCUUAUUACUGCCAAUCAUCUCGCAUUUUUAUUAUUUCUAUCACAUUAUUUAUCAAUUUUAUUGUACAAUUAUUAUCAUUAUAUAUCUGUUUAUUAUGUGUGCUAUAUGAAUGAUGCAGUAUGAAGGAAUUUUAGAUUUCAAUUGCUGUUUUUACAUUUAAUACGUCACCUGUAUAAUUUGUAAUUAGUUUAAACAACAAGUUUCUGUGUAUUGUUUAAUGUGAGGUAUAUUAAGAAAAAAUGUAGUGAUUAUUCAUCAUAUUUAAUAUUGUUCAUAAUGAAUGAUAUAGUUUUAAAGUAAUUGAUGAAUAAACACAGAAAUAUCAAAUAUGAUUAGCAUAGUGGUGAAAAGUACUGUCUUCAUUAUGCUGCUUUUGAAUUCGUUCAGAACUAUUUUUAAUAUGAAAUAAUUGUUUUUCAUUAAGCGAUAUUUGAAUUUUUGUUUAAGUACAUGUACAUGUAUAUGAAUUAUAUCUGAGCAUUGUUCAACAUACAAUGUAUAUUCAAAAUAUCCAAAAAUUUACAAUGUUUUUCAAAGUUUGGAAUAUAUAUCAUUUGAUCCAAUCUUUACACUGUCACACAAUAUAUUUUUCUUAGAAUGAGGCACAAGUUGACAUUUGUGCAAAAUGGGAAUUAAUAGAGCCAUGCAUGCCAAAGUAAACCUAGUUCUUUUUGUAACUACAAGUGGAAAAAUAAUUUUUAUUCACCAAUGAGUACUUAUUUUUGCAUGUAGGGUGACGUCAUCAUGAGUCGAACUCCUGGUUUACGUACACAAUCAUAGCUACAUACUUCAGUCCAGUGUUAAUCCUUAUACUUGCAUAAGAAAAUCAUAAGUAUUUAGAAGGUUCUGCAACAUUUUUAGAUUGGUAAAUACAAAAAAAUGUUUUCAAAAUAGAUGUAUUAUAUAAAGACGUGUGUAUACUGUGUAGAGGUAUAUUUAAGGAAAUGUAUGGAUGAAAUGAUAUGUUACUGCAUCAGUUUCUUACCAAUGUCAUUAUAUGGCCUGUAUGAAUAAAAGUUUAUGAAAAGGUA